CUCUUCCCUUCUUUCUCUCCCAAACCCGCAUACGCAACUCUCUCCAACUCUCCAAAGCAACAGGCGAGAAGAAGGAAGAGCGACAAAAGGCGAGGGGCAGCGUUUCAAACAACAGCGACGAGGGCGCCAAGACACUUUUAAAGAUGCCAAACGUGUCAGUUUUGCAAACGGAUCACUUGGGUACGCAAGGGAAGUGAUUCCCCCCACCCCCCACUUAAGGAGAAAACAGGAGGGAGGACGCGCUUUGUCCCCCCGACGUAUGAGACGUCAAAAAUCUACCUCGGUUAUCAAAGCAGGCGCUUUUGAGCUGGAGCUGAAACCCCUCAACUUGUGAUUUCAUGUCCCCGGGUCUCUGUGGAGGGCAGUGAAGGAUGCCAGGAUGCCCUCUCUGAUCCCCCAUCUGCUUGUCAUCUGGCUGAGCGUCCACAGGCUGGUGUGGUGCGCGGAGCGCUCCUCCACGCGGGAGCGCUUCAAGGUGGUCAUCGCUCCUCUCAUCUGCAAGCGGAUCUGCCUGAAGGGACAGUGUCAGGAUACCUGCGAGCAAGGCAACAACACCACGCUGAUCGCGGAGAACGGGCAGGCGUCCGACACGCUCAUCGGACAGGGCUUCAGGGUCGUUGUGUGUCCCCUGACGUGUAUGAACGGAGGAGUAUGCAGCUCGAGAAAGCACUGCCUGUGCCCACACGGUUUCACCGGUCGGCUCUGCCAGUUUCCAGUCCAACAGACGCAGCACGCUCAGGCAGCGCGAGGCAACAAGCAGCCCGUCUACUCGGACGUCCUGAAACUGGGGGAGCAAUCAGGCAUAGGGCGUACCCAGUUGACACAAACACACUCAGUUUUCACCCUACCCUACACACAAGUAGGGCACCACUCAUCUGAAGUGCAGAUUAAUGUACGUGUUCACCACACACCAGACACCUCUGUAGUGAUUCAUCCUCUUGACCAAUCAGACGUCAAGCCUCCUCACAAGGCAGGGCCACGCCUUAUCCCAUCCAGACACAAACCAAAGGGGCGAUGCUUUCAGGAGACCACACCCAAGCAGGCUUGCGCCAGCACCCCGCUUCCUGUUCUGACCAAUCAGGAGGAUUGCUGUGGCAGUGUGGGGAAUUCAUGGGGACAAAACAAGUGUUACCAGUGCCCCAAACUACCAAAUGCAUCAGUCAAGCAAACCAUUGUGGAAGACUACGGCUCUACCUGCCCACAAGGCUAUAAAAGAUUCAACAGCACUCACUGUCAAGAUAUCAACGAGUGCUCCAUGCAGGGUGUCUGUCAGAAUGGAGACUGUUUGAACACACUAGGCAGCUUCAAAUGUUCCUGCAAGGCCGGUUUGGUGUUUGACAGGAAUCAAUGUGUUGAUGAAACUCUGUUGUCUCCUCUGUCAGAGUCUCCAGCUGAGCAGGCUCAGUGCUUCUUGAUGGCGUCUGAGGACAGGGGCUGUGAGCACGCACUGCCCACCCACCUCACCCAGGAGAUGUGCUGCUGCACAGUAGGCAAAGCCUGGGGCCGCAACUGUGAAAAAUGUCCUCAGGUGGGCACAGUGGCCUUCAGUAAGAUCUGCCCAGCUGGGAAAGGCUACUUUCUCCAAACUUUAAGAGAGACCGUGGCCUUCCCUCCAAUCAUCUUCCCCCCCAAGUCCGACAAGGAGGAACCACAGCCGCCGGAGAGACAUCCAGAGACUACGACUGCUGUGCAGCAGGCUCCCACAACCACCAGCCGUCCUCGCGUGCCUGUUGUUAAACCUACCCCUCCAACAAUCAUCAGAAUGACCCCGGGCAAUGACCCCUUCGAAACACAGACAAAAGUCUUACCUGAGACAGAUGAAUGCAGGCUAAGCAGGAACAUUUGUGGUCACGGAGAGUGUGAGAACAGCCUGAACGGCCACAUUUGUCACUGUCACCCUGGCUACCAUCUCAACCCACAGAGGAACAUCUGUGAGGAUAAUAAUGAAUGUGAGACAGAACCGUGCGGCCACGGCAGGGGCCUUUGCGUCAAUUUAGAAGGAGCUUACAAAUGCCUCUGUCGUCAGGGCUAUAAACAUAUGGUGCAGCAUGGGAGACUUAAGUGCUUAGAUGUGAAUGAAUGCUCUAAGCAAGACAUCUGUGGUGUCGGAGGCCAGUGUGUGAACCUGCCCGGUUCUUACAAAUGUGAAUGUCACAUCGGCUUUAGGAGCAAGUCACACCGUCACCCAGCCUGUGAAGACAUAAACGAGUGUUUGAAUCCCAACACUUGUCCCAAUGAGCAAUGUGAGAACACACCAGGCUCCUAUGAGUGUGUUCCUUGCUUGCCUGGUCACGAGGCCCGUUCCGGUACAUGCUAUGACAUUAAUGAGUGUCAGAAGCCUGGCAUCUGUCCUAACGGGCGCUGUGAGAACCUCCCUGGUACUUACCGCUGCUUGUGCAACGAGGGUUUCCUCCCAUCUUCAGACAGCAAGGGUUGCAGUGACAUUGAUGAGUGUGAGGACGUCAGGCUGUGUGCUAAUGGCCACUGCAUAAAUACAGAAGGCUCCUUCCAGUGCCAGUGCUACCCAGGAUACCAGCGCACACAGGAGGGCAGCCACUGUGAAGAUAUCAAUGAGUGUGAGAGGCCAUCAAACUGUCAGAGAGGCCGCUGUAUCAACAGUAUGGGCUCAUACCACUGUGAGUGCCAGAAGGGCUACAUGCUGGUUGGAGGCAGGAGAUGCCAAGACAUAGACGAAUGUGCCACAGACAGAAGUCUCUGCCAGCCCUUCGGCUCUUGUGAGAACAGACCGGGCUCGUAUGUGUGUGUCUGCAAUCACGGUUAUGUCCUCUCAGAGGACAAACGCAGCUGUGAAGCAGUUCGAGUGCUGACGGACGAGAAGAAGGAGUGCUACCUGAACCUCGAUGACACUGUGUUCUGCGACAGUGUUCUGGCCACCAACGUCACCAAGCAGGAGUGCUGCUGCUCCAUUGGCGUGGGAUGGGGAGACCACUGUGAGAUCUACCCCUGUCCUGUCUCCCAAUCAGCUGAGUUCCACUUCCUGUGUCCAAAUGGGCAAGGUCUCUAUUAUGAUGAAGGACUCCUGUACAGCUUGCCCGCCUACCAUGACAUCGACGAGUGUUCUUUGUUUGCUGAUGAAAUCUGCAAGAAGGGUCGAUGUGAGAACACGCUGCCGGGCUACGAGUGCUACUGUCAGCAGGGCUUCUACUAUGACAGUAACCUUCUCGAGUGCAUUGAUGUGAACGAAUGCCACGACGAGUCUCUGUGUACUAAUGGUCAGUGCGUCAACACCGAAGGGUCCUUCUACUGCAACUGUAACCGGCCCUGGACUCCAGACUCCAACAAGAAGAAGUGUGUGAUGGCAACAAUAGCAGAUGUGAAUGAAUGUGAGGACCCAGCCAACUGUAAGAAUGGCCAUUGUGUGGACACUCCAGGGUCAUACUACUGCAUCUGCUCUCCGCCCUGGACUCUGGCCACUGACCGUAACAGUUGUGUGACUCCUGAGGAGCAGGCUGAUGUGAAUGAGUGCCAGGACCCCUCGUACUGUAAGAAUGGGAGGUGUGAGAACACGCCCGGCUCCUUUCACUGUUUUUGCGACCCUCCCCUCACCUUCAGUGCAGCGCUGAAACAGUGCGUCUAUGACGAUCGCACUGCAGCCCACAAGGAUGUGUGUUUCCUGCAGGUUGACGAGGGCUUGAUCUGCAGCGAGCCCAGGAACGGCAUGGUGGUGACCUACUCAGAGUGCUGCUGUCACUUUGGUCGUGGCUGGGGGCCCGAGUGUAACACCUGUCCACCCAGAAACUCAGAGAUGUUCAGUCGUCUUUGUGAGAUGCAUCUGGAGACUGAGUCUGAUGGGGAGCAGGAUUUCUUGGCAGCUUUCGCCAACUACAACCCAGGUGACAGUUCAGAGGAGGAUUCGGAUGAAUGCAGCUGCGCAAAUGGCCGCUGUGUCCGCUCCUACCUAGGCACGAUGUGUGAAUGUAACACAGGCUUUAGGCUGGACCACUCCCGUACCCGCUGUAUAGACAUUGAUGAGUGCGCAGAACCAGGAGGUCGUGUCAGUCCAUGCAAGAACGCUCGCUGUGUGAACACUGCUGGCUCAUACAAGUGCUUCUGCAAACACGGCUUUAUGGCCACACGCAGGGCAAACAUAUGUGUCCGUCGCAGAACUCGGUAACCUCUGUGUGUCACUCUGUUUAAGCCCCAUCUACAGUAUGCAACAGGCCCGCACACGCCGUCACACAGGGACUGUGUGCACCGCAAAAACAUGGGUGCUCAUCAGGAGCCAAAUCAUAACAAUGGCUCGUAUGAAAUGUACAAAUCAUAUCAUUGUCAGCUCCUCUUUCACUUCCCAUUUCACAUUUAAAGAAAUAAUCAAUACAGACAAUGAAUAUGUUUGUUUGUUUGUUAAAGAUUUUUGUAAUUAUUGUUUAACUGUUUUUUAGUUAUUACGUUUCGAUCUCAUUAUCGAUCUCUCUGUCACAUUGAUCUUUCAUUCUUAAUUUGAACAUCUGAUCUAAAACCCCCUUUUCUUUUAAUAAGGAAAUGUGUUUUAAAGAUCUGUCUGGUAUUCCUUCAGCCCAUUCAAUAGUUGUGUACUAUAGGAAUGCCAGGAGAACUUUACAUUCCCAUUUAAGUCCAGUUUUUAAUUCUAAAUUGACAUCACCUGAAUUGUAUUUUAAAACCACACAUUGUUAAUUUUGUGUUAUUGUACAGUUUGUCCGAUGGAUCAACAGUUUUUGUAAGAAUGGUCCCGUUUAUUUGUUGAUGUAAAAUAUGAGAAACCUGAAGUUUUUGUAUAAUUUGACAUGUGCACCUAAGUGAACUAUUAAGCUUAAAAAAAGAAAAAAGGUCAUGCACUUAGCAAAGAAGAAUUUGCUAAACGUAGCUUGUUCCGGAAAACAUCUGUUGUCAUGAUUGCUGUAUCAAAGUGUUUAGAAAACCAAAGACGCUGUUGAAAAAAGAAGAAUUUAAUUAAAAAAGAAGAUGUCGACCAAUUA